UACAGUUCUGUUCAUUCACCAGUCAUUUCCACUCCUGUAUGGCCCUACCCGCACAGCGUCAGUGGAGGGGCAGGUGGCAGCGGGGUCAGGAUCUCCACUGUCAUGGGCACAAGGGUUGGCAGAGGCUUUGGUGGAGGGUAUGACUACCAAGCCUCAACCAUUGGAAACGAAAAGGUAGCCAUGCAGCAGCUGAAUGACCGCCUGGCCAGCUACCUGGAGAAGGUCCACUAUCUGGAGACGGCCAACAGAAAGCUGGAGAUCAAGAUCUUAGAGACAACUGAAAAGAGAGGCCCAUUGGAGAUGAGGGACUACAGAAAGUACAGCGCCAUCAUUGAAGAGCUGAGGGCCAAGAUACUUGACAAAAUCAAGGGUAAUGCACAGCUGACAAUCACUCUUGACAACGCAUCCCUGGCUUCAGACGACUUCAGAGUCAAGAUGGAGUAUGAGUUGUCCAUGCGUCAGACAGUGGAGGCUGAUGUUGCCAGACUGAGGAAGUGUCUGGACGACCUGAAUGUUAAUUGUUUGCACCUGGAAAGUGACAUUGAGUCUCUGAAGGAAGAGCUGAUCCACCUGAAGAAGAACCAUGAGAAUGAAGUUGCUGAAUUGCGUGCCCAGAUAACCCAAGCUAGCAUCCGUGUGGAUGUUGAUGCUCCUAAAGGACAAGACCUGGCUAGGAUCAUGGAGGAGAUAAGGGAAAAAUAUGCGAAGAUAGUACAGAAUAACCAGCAGGAAAUACAAGCAUGGAUUGAAUCUCAGAUGAUACAGGUGCAGGUCCAAGUGACUGAGAGCACAACAGCUCUGAAUGAGGCUGUGAGUGCAUUCAAUGAAACUAGGAGGAGGCAUCAAGCACUGGAGAUUGAAUUGCAGUCUGCACAUAGUCUGAACGCGUCCUUGGAGACCACUCGUCAGGACAUUGAGAUGCGUUACAAUAUGGAGGUGGAGAAGUGCAGCACCAUCAUCCUGAAGCUGCAGGAGGAGCUGACCAAGAUCCGCGCUGACAUUCAUCAGCACACAAGAGAGUACGAGCACCUGCUCGACAUCAAAGUGAAACUAGAGGUCGAGAUCACCGAGUACAGAAGGCUGCUGGACAAUGAGACAGAUUUAAAACUGGAGGAUGCAGUUGAACAUAAGAUUCAAAUGAUGACACUCUCCCAGACUCUGGUGGAUGGCAAAGUGGUGACAGAGAUGAAGGAUGUUAAAACCAGUGAAAAGUAGUUGUUUAAAACUGGGGGGGUGAGGGAAACCUUUGUAACAAAAAUAAAGUGAACAACA